AUGGCUGGAGCGCCGCGCCGCAAGAACUUCACAGACGAUGAAGACCUGGCUUUGCUGCGCAAAAUCCACGCGGACCGCCCAUUUCUCCGGCAGCGAGGCAUCAUGGCAGCGUGGAAGGCCCUUGCCACUAAGCUUGUUGCAGACGAGAAUUUUCCACGCAACAAGCUGAGUGGCAAUCGAGCCCACCGUGCUGUAGCGGAGGAGUCGGCGAAGGCGUCGGGCGUGGACGAGGACGAGUCGGAAAAGGUCAUCCUGCUGGACGACCUGGUCGCAAUGCUCGACGACCAUGCAGCCAAGACGGCCGCCGCGAAGGAGACCGGGCUCCGAAAGCGCGAGCGCGGGGAGGAGACGCCGCUUGUCGCGCGUCGACUUGCCAUGGAGUCGCUUAAAGAGAGCGGAGGCGACAGCACGCUCGUCAAGAAGCGCAAGGAGACGGAGCUGAAGGAUCUCCUCAUCACGCUCAAGGAUAAGAAGCUGGCGGAGUGA